UUUUAACUGAGUUAAACUUUUGACCCAGGGCAUUUUCGCAUAAACAAAACAAUUACCAUGCUCUUCACUUCAAAAGUACUAACUUUUGGUGGGUACCUUUAUCCGAAUACAUGUGUCCAAACUGCAAUCUGCAAUGAUUUAGCCUGAUAUCUGGAUUCUCUGUCUUGUCAAGUUCAGCUCAAGAAAACUAUAGAAGGCGAGGCGGCAAAAAUGUAUCAAGAAAGCAUUUGGGAUUUGAAUCAUAUCAUAUUCCUCAUCGCAACAUCAAUUUACAUAAUUUUGGGAACAAUUGGCAAUGCUCUUGUGAUCGCAGUGUACGUUUCAAAGAAACGUCAUUUUCCUAGAAGAACCUACAUCCUCACGCUAGCGAUCACUGACUUAGUUAUAAUGACUGUGGUUGCUCCCUACACAAUUGUGUUUGAACUAAGAUUAGUAACGAGCCAAUUUGUCUGCCAUGUUUUCGAAGUAGUCCGCCAUUCCGGGAUAGGAUUCUCCAAUCUUAUACUUAUUUUGAUAGCAAUGGAGCGUUUGCUUAUGGUGUGGAAACCUUUGAAAGUCAUGAAGGGUAGGACAAAACUCGCAUGGAUUAUAGGAUUUCUGAUUUUUACCAUCGUGUGUUCUAGUCCGUCUGCUCUCAUUUAUGACGUUGAUUUUCAUGGCGAUCCUCUUCCGGUCAACGUAACGCAGGUCCAGGAAAAGUAUUGUGACUACACGACAGGCAUACUAGGAGAAGAAAAGAGCAAUAUGUACAGAAAUUUUAUCAUUAUCUUAAUAGUUUCAGAAUUGCUUGUUUUGAUAGUGAUGUAUAUUUUAGUCUUUAUACUUAUUUACCGACAAAGAAAGAGUAUUAUAGGAGGAGCUUAUGUGGGCUCAUGUCGAAGACCUGCUAGGCCAUCCAUUCACCGAGAAUUACGGGAACAAGAUUCCAAUGGAAAUGAAGCAAGGAAGGAGAGCAAUCAAAGUUCAAACGAUGGUCCAAUAUUUUGUAUAGCGAAUUCUCUGUCUCCAAGCAAUAGUCAAAAGACGAGGUACAAAUGCACAGCUGAAAAUGAAGAACAAAAGUUGCAUCUGAAAAAAUCAGAAGACACUUUUAAAGACGAAUGUGAAUCGAACACUGCCGAACAAAAAAGUGAUCCUACAGCGGUUAAUGUUCAAGAUUGUAAGUCUUCUAAUCUAGAGAAGAAAGCAGUAAAAGAAAAAGCUGCAUCAAACACGGUAGAACGUUCAGUGACAGCAGCAGGAAAGGACGAGCAGAAAACAAAUGACUCGGAUGUUAUUCAAAUAAGUCUACAAAAUACCCCGAAAUCUUCAUUAGCAUCCAUUCGUAACUCUUCAUUAGCAUCUAUCCGUAGCAGUGUAAAUCAAGGCAAUAUCACAUCCGCCCGGAAAGUCUCGGUAGUCCAAACAAAGACUUGGACAAUGUUGUCUAUUUGUACAUUUCUGUAUAUUAUUUCCUGGAUCCCUUUCUUCCCCGAGAUGUUUAGUGUGACUGACGUAUUGGCUUUAAGAUUUUUCUUUUUUAUUGGACAUGCAUCAAAUCCUAUCAUUUACAGCAUUGUUAAUGUGAAGGUUAGAAGAGGCAUUAAAGAACUACUCUUUGGAAAGUCAAGGCGAAAGUAUACGGAUAGAAUUUUCAGAGAAAGUGUGUCCUCGCAGACUUGAAUUUCCUG